AUGGCUACCAAGAUUCUGAACACAUCUAGUCAAGGUUUUGAGAUGGAUUGCAAAGAGAUUCAUGAUUCUUGGGGAAGGUUAAACCAAUUGGUUAGAUCAUUGGCUAGUCGGUCCAAGCUCGAAAGGCAACAAAUUAGGGAGACUUUCAAGGGAUUGUAUGGAGAGGAUAUAACAAGUUUUCUUCAAAGAAAAGAGGCUAAAAUUGUUGGAUCUAAAGUUUGUACUGCUUUGUCUAUGUGGAUGGUAGACCCACAUGAACGUGAUGCUGUUGUGGCAAGGGAAGCUCUCCAACAAGGGGACACUAAUUUCAAGGCUCUUGUUGAAAUUUUUGUGGGUAGAAAAUCAAGUCACAUUAUGCUCAUCAAACAAGCCUAUCAAACAAGAUUUAGGAGGCAAUUGAACCAAGACAUUAGCAAUCUUGAGCCACCCCACCCCUACCAAAAGAUUCUUUUUGCAUUAGCUGCAUCACAUGAGGCUCACCAAGCAGAUGUUAGCCAACAUAUUGCAAAAUGCGAUGCUAAGAGGCUACAUGAAGCAGGGCAAGGAGGUUCAGCAGCCAGUGAAGAAGCUGUUGUGCUUGAGAUUCUAAGUAAAAGGAGCAUUCCACAGAUGAAACUGACAUUUUCUAGCUAUAAACACAUCUAUGGAUAUGAGUACACGAAGUCACUCAAGAAGGGGAACUCUAGAGAAUUUGCUGCUGCACUUAAAACUGUCAUAAAAUGCAUGUGUAAUCCACUUAAAUAUUAUGCAAAGGCAUUGUACACAAGCAUUAAAGGGACAACAACAGAUAAAAGUGCCUUGGCAAGGGUGAUAAUGAGCAGAGCAGAGGUAGACAUGGGUGAGAUUCAAGGGCUUUUGAAGAAGAAAUAUGGAAUCGAACUAAAAGAUGGAAUAUGUGGAAGCAUUCCAUCUGGGGAUUACAGAGACUUCCUUGUUGCUUUAGCUAUAAAGUCGACUGACACUACUGCUUGCAAUUGCCAUUAGUUGAAAUGAUGAUUCUGCAGUGGCAGAGUUUUUUUUUUAUUUGUUUAGGAAAGUGAAGAGGAGUUAUAUCUA